CUGAUAGAGAGGGAGAGACACCAGGAAAGACACGAGUGAGGAAACACAGACGCUGGUGUCAAACAGAAACAGAAUCUCACAUCAGGGCUCGUCUGUCUUCUGUGGAAAUGUGUCUCUCUGUGGAUACGUCCCUACUCUGCAGCCUGCAGAGGACAACAUGAACACUGAGAACGAGGACUCCUGGACUGUUGUCUCUGCAGUUGUAUGGAUCCCAGGGAGGACAAAUGCUCUGGGUACUGGGAGCACUGGGAGGUUCACCCCUGAUUACUAGACCAGCAUGUCAUCCAACUCCACCACCGAUAAUCUGUGUGCGCCGGACGACCACCUCUGUAUAACAAAGGAGCACAUGCAGGCCGUGAUCAUCGUCCCCACGCUGCUCCUCCUCGGGACGCUCGUCACCUUACUGUUCUUGUUCCUGCGGAGGUACUGUCCUGAGCACAGGCGCUCUCGAGCGACGGCCCCUCGAAGCUUCGGCUCGUCCCACGGACACACACAGAGACACAGCCACAGAAGUCACCUGCAAGGCAUCGAUGCUCCUCCUGGACUAAACGCACUAGAACAUGAGGAGCUGCCCAUGUCAGUGCAACAAGUGCAGGAGGAUGUCAGGUCUGCACCCCCACAGACGUCCACAGAGAGGCAUCACAACGCCUUCAGCCAGGUCAGCGCCCUGCCGCUGUCCUUCUCCAUCAAGCCGAACGAUGAAGUCAGUCUGUACAGAGCCAGCAUGGACAACAGGGACGUCAUCCUCAGAGUGCUGAAAGAAAAGGAAAGCAGCAGCGAGAAGCAGCACUUUCUGGACUUCGCCUCCUUCGUCUCCGGACUGGGUCGCCACCCGUACUUACCGGAGCUGCUGGGUGUAGUUUCAGUGCAGUCGCCCGUGAUGAUGGUGAUGGAGGAGCUGCAGCACGGAGACCUGCUCGGGUUCCUGUGGAGAUGUAGACAGGACAGCGCAGGUUCAGAGUCUUCCUGGGACAUGACAGAGAAGAGGAUCCACAUCAUGGCAGGACAAGUGGCCUCCGCUCUGGAGUAUCUGCACAGUCAAAGCUGUAUCCAUGGCAACGUGGGGGCUCGCAGCGUUCUGGUUGGUGGAGAUCUGACGGCGAAGCUGUGGGGUUUGGGCUCGGCCCACCGAAGGGGAACGCAGCCCAGUUCGCCGGGGGAGUUUCAGGACAUGGACAUGAAGAAGUGGCAGGCGCCUGAAGUGCUGGCCAGAGGAGUCGUCAGUCCCAGCAGCGAUGUAUGGUCUUUUGGUAUCCUGCUCUAUGAAAUGGUCACAUUGGGUGACCCCCCGUUUGCUCAGAUCCCCACGACUGAACUCCUGCAGCAUCUGCAAAGAGGAAAGCAUCUGAAACGGCCGGCGACAUGUUCCAGCUCCCUAUUCUCCAUCAUCAGCUCGUGUUGUCACUGGAACAGGAAACAGCGUCUCUCCAUCCCGGAAGUGAUUAACAAACUUCAGGCGGGAGAAAAAUCAGCCAAUGGGAGCACAGUUCUCAGAGCGCCUGAGCCAAUCGACAUCGAGAGAUACCUGAGGGAGGCGGGAUAUGGAGAGGCCUACAACUAUGCUGUGCUCUGAUUGGCUGAGAGAGUCCUCGUUAGCACGAUGAUUGGAUGUUCACCUGCACCUGAAAAACUGCUGCAAGAGUGAAGGAUCAAUGAAGAACUUUAUUAGAAAAUAUUGUAAAUAUUGAAGAGACUUAUUUUAAAUAUUGUUUGUAAACCUUAUUGUAAAUAUUGUUGGUGAGACUUAUUUUUGUUUUGCACUUGUUUGUUGGAUUUAUGAAGAACACUCACUUUUUAUAUUUAAUAUAUUGAAAAUAAACUUGAAAUCUUAACAUUAAA